AGGCUUCCAAAACAGUGAACCACACUGCCUCCUCCUUCUCUCUCUCUCUACACUGUCGGCAGAAACUCUCUUCUACGACUGCGUUUUGUGUCUCAAACACUCUCUUUUCUCAGCUCGACGGUGGUGGAGCAACCGAAAACUAAUCAACGGCUCACAAUGCAGCACCGUCGCGGUCCUUCUAACAACCUCAUCUUCUUCUUCUCGGCCGUCAUUUUCAACUGUCUCGUCGUAACAAUGUCGGGUCCGGUCCAGCACCGUCUAUUCGACCCGCAUUGGAAACCCGCAACCGCCACGUGGUACGGUAGCCCGGAAGGUGACGGUAGCGACGGCGGAGCUUGCGGUUACGGUUCGUUGGUGGACGUUAGGCCGUUAAGAGCACGAGUAGGUGCGGUGAGUCCCGUGCUGUUUAAGAACGGUGAGGGAUGUGGGGCCUGCUACAAGGUUAGGUGUUUGGACAAAGAGAUUUGCUCGAGACGAGCCGUGACAAUAAUCGUGACGGAUGAGUGUCCGGGUGGGUACUGCUCCAACGGCAAGACCCAUUUCGACCUAAGCGGAGCGGCUUUUGGUCGAAUGGCUGUUGCCGGUGAAAAUGGUCAACUCAGAAACCGAGGCGAGAUCCCAGUCGUAUAUCGACGGACACCAUGUAAAUACCCAGGAAAGAAUAUAGCAUUCCAUGUGAAUGAAGGUUCAACUAAUUAUUGGCUAUCACUUCUCGUGGAGUUUGAAGAUGCGGAUGGAGAUGUUGGAGCAAUGCAUAUAAGACAAGCAGGGUCAAGUGAAUGGUUACAGAUGAACCAUCUAUGGGGUGCAAAUUGGUGCAUAAUUGGGGGACCUUUACAAGGACCAUUUUCGGUGAAGUUAACCACACUAUCAACAGGAACAAGUUUGUCUGCAAGAGAUGUGAUUCCAAGGAACUGGUCUCCAAAAGCAACCUACACAUCUCGCUUGAAUUUCUUCAACUUGAAAGAAAAAUCUACCAACAACAAGAAGAAUUUAUAAACAUAUAUAUAUAUAUAUAUAUAUAUAAGCAUUUUACCUUUUUAUGCCAGAAAAAAAAAAAAUCCUGCUUCUAAAUGGCACAAAAAAAAAAAAGGGUACCGUUGUCGGUUUGGUUUGGCAUUUUUUUUUUUUCUUGUUUUUAAGGGAAAAGUGGCCGUUGGAUCGUACAAGUAAGAUUAGCAUCCAAUGCUCUUUCCUUUUUGUUAUUGUUUAGGUGAGGUGCGUAGUUGUGUGGAAGCUGUGUUGCGUAGUAGUAGAUUGCAGCCCCUCUCCAAAGGAGAGAGAGCGAAUGUUGUUGCUUGCUUUGCUUUGUAAGAAUUUGUGGGCUCACUUGGCUUUUAAAUGGAAUUUGGACCUUUUGAUUUA